AUGGUACAGUCUGUAGUGGGACUCCAGUAAUGAAGCUCAGUUGAUCAGUCUCUUAUAGAUGCCGAACGGUGAUUGCUCAGCUAUGUAAUUUUGGAUUUGUGAUAUCUUAGACAAGUCUGAAAAAAGAAAUGACCAUGUAGAUGCCAACUGCCCGGAUCCAGCAUAAUGGGAAAGAGUGAAUGGAGUGCAAUUGGACUGCAAUCUUGAAAACAGCCAUCUUGUGGACUAUCACCUGGUGGGAGACAUUUCUAUCACUCAUUGCUUACUCUGCUCAUGUUACUGUUCACAUAAAGUGGAUUUGUUCUUAGGCUGGAAUUUGAGUUUCUAUCUUUACAAAUUUUUAAUUUGUACAUAGCACACUGAACAGAGCAAUAUUAUCAGCAGCAAUGGGUGACAUGACCAACAGCGAUUUUUAUUCAAAGAACCAAAGAAAUGAGGCCAAUCAUGCAGGAGAAUUUGGGUGUACGCUUCAGGAUCUGCGUUCUCUUAUGGAACUUCGAGGAACGGAAGCAGUGGUUAAAAUUAAAGAGACGUACGGGGACACAGAAGGCCUCUGUAGACACUUGAAUACUUCGCCAAUAGAAGGAUUACCUGGCACUACUGCUGACCUAGAUAAAAGAAGGCUAAUUUUUGGGAAAAACUUUAUACCUCCAAAGAAGCCAAAAACUUUCAUACAGUUAGUCUGGGAAGCAUUACAGGAUGUGACUCUCAUCAUUUUGGAAAUCGCAGCCAUUAUAUCUCUUGGACUCUCAUUUUAUCAUCCACCUGGAGAAGGAAAUGAAGCGUGUGCCACCGCUGCAGGAGGAGGUGAAGAUGAAGGUGAGGCAGAAGCUGGUUGGAUUGAAGGGGCUGCCAUUCUGCUCUCGGUUAUAUGUGUGGUGCUGGUUACAGCCUUUAAUGACUGGAGCAAAGAGAAGCAGUUCCGUGGACUUCAGAGUCGUAUUGAACAAGAACAAAAGUUUACCGUAGUCCGAGGUGGACAUGUAAUUCAGAUUCCUGUAGCAGAGAUUGUAGUUGGUGACAUUGCACAAGUCAAAUAUGGUGACCUACUACCUACUGAUGGAGUUUUUAUUCAAGGAAACGAUCUUAAAAUUGAUGAAAGCUCUUUAACUGGAGAGUCAGAUCAAGUCCGCAAAUCCGUUGACAAAGAUCCAAUGCUGCUUUCAGGUACCCAUGUCAUGGAAGGCUCAGGAAGAAUGCUGGUAACUGCAGUGGGAGUUAAUUCCCAAACAGGCAUCAUCUUUACUCUACUAGGUGCUGGAGAGGAAGAGGAAAAAAAAGAUAAAAAAGUAGAUUCUUCCCAUUCCUCCUUCCAUCCUCCUUCAACUACAGAUGGGGCAGCAAGUGCAAUUGCCACUGAUAAUGCAAAUACCAGCUUAGUCAAUGGCAAAAUGCAGGAUGGGAAUAUGGAAAACAGCCAGAAUAAAGCCAAACAGCAGGAUGGGGCAGCUGCAAUGGAGAUGCAGCCACUCAAGAGUGCUGAAGGUGGAGAGAGAGAUGAUAAAGACAAGAGGAAAGCCAACAUGCCUAAGAAAGAGAAAUCUGUCCUCCAAGGAAAGCUAACUAAAUUGGCUGUCCAAAUAGGCAAAGCAGGUUUGGUAAUGUCAGCAAUUACUGUCAUCAUUUUAGUACUAUACUUUAGUAUUGAAAACUUCGUUGUCAAGAAAAAGCCAUGGCUGCCUGAAUGCACACCUGUAUAUGUUCAGUAUUUUGUCAAGUUCUUCAUUAUUGGUGUGACUGUGCUUGUAGUUGCUGUUCCAGAAGGACUUCCACUGGCAGUUACCAUCUCCCUUGCUUAUUCUGUAAAACCACCAGAAAAGGAAGGUGGUCUACCUCGUCAGGUUGGCAACAAGACAGAAUGUGGAUUGCUUGGAUUUGUGGUGGAUCUAAAGCAGGAUUAUCAGCCUGCUCGAAAUCAAAUGCCUGAAGAGAAACUCUACAAAGUUUACACAUUUAACUCUGUGAGAAAGUCAAUGAGCACUGUCAUUAAAAUGCCAGAUGACAGCUUCCGAAUGUAUAGCAAAGGGGCUUCUGAAAUUGUCCUAAAGAAAUGUUCUAAGAUUCUUAAUGCUGCAGGAGAGCUUCGCAUUUUUAGACCUCGUGACAGAGAUGAGAUGGUUAAGAAAGUGAUUGAGCCCAUGGCCUGUGAUGGAUUGAGAACCAUCUGUGUUGCUUAUCGAGACUUUCCCAGCGAUCCUGAACCAGAAUGGGACAAUGAAAAUGAUAUUUUAAACGAUCUUACAUGCAUUUGUGUGGUUGGCAUAGAAGAUCCUGUAAGACCAGAGGUCCCAGAAGCCAUAAGAAAGUGCCAGCGAGCUGGAAUUACAGUUCGCAUGGUUACGGGAGAUAACAUCAAUACAGCUCGUGCCAUUGCCAUAAAAUGUGGAAUUAUUCACCCUGGUGAAGAUUUCCUCUGUAUUGAAGGAAAGGAAUUUAAUCGAAGGAUUCGAAAUGAGAAGGGAGAUAUAGAGCAGGAACGCAUUGAUAAGAUAUGGCCAAAACUUCGUGUCCUUGCUCGUUCAUCACCCACAGAUAAACAUACUUUGGUAAAAGGUAUCAUUGACAGCACGCAAGUGGAACAGAGGCAGGUUGUAGCAGUGACUGGUGAUGGAACUAAUGAUGGACCAGCUCUUAAAAAAGCUGAUGUUGGCUUUGCAAUGGGUAUUGCAGGAACAGACGUGGCAAAGGAAGCUUCUGAUAUUAUCCUCACAGAUGACAACUUCAGUAGUAUUGUGAAAGCUGUAAUGUGGGGCCGUAAUGUUUAUGACAGUAUUUCUAAGUUCCUGCAGUUCCAGCUUACCGUAAACGUGGUGGCUGUGAUCGUGGCUUUCACUGGUGCUUGCAUUACCCAGGAUUCUCCUCUGAAAGCUGUACAGAUGCUAUGGGUCAAUUUGAUUAUGGACACUUUUGCUUCUCUUGCUCUGGCUACGGAACCUCCCACAGAAUCCCUUCUGCUAAGAAAACCAUAUGGUAGAAACAAAGCCCUUAUUUCUCGUACCAUGAUGAAAAAUAUUCUGGGUCAUGCUGUGUAUCAACUCACUCUAAUUUUUACUCUCCUUUUUGUUGGUGAAAAAAUGUUCAUGAUCGAUAGUGGCAGAAACGCACCACUCCACUCUCCACCUUCUGAGCACUACACCAUCAUCUUCAAUACUUUUGUCAUGAUGCAACUAUUUAAUGAAAUCAAUGCACGCAAAAUCCAUGGUGAAAGGAAUGUUUUUGAUGGCAUCUUUAGAAACCCUAUAUUUUGCACUAUUGUAUUGGGUACAUUCGCUGUACAGAUAGUAAUUGUUCAAUUUGGUGGGAAACCUUUUAGUUGUUCUCCUUUGGAACUUGACCAAUGGAUGUGGUGUGUAUUUAUUGGAUUAGGUGAACUUGUAUGGGGGCAGGUCAUUGCAACCAUCCCAACCAGUAGGUUAAAAUUUCUAAAGGAAGCAGGAGGGCUUACAUUAAAAGAAGAAGUGCCCGAAGAGGAGAUGAGUGAAGAUGUAGAAGAGAUAGAUCAUGCAGAGAGGGAACUUCGCCGUGGACAAAUCCUCUGGUUCAGAGGGCUUAAUAGAAUCCAAACCCAGAUCCGCGUCGUGAAGGCAUUCCGUAGCUCUCUCUAUGAAGGUUUGGAAAAACCGGAAUCUAGAACCUCCAUUCACAACUUUAUGACUCAUCCUGAAUUUAGGAUAGAAGAUUCCCAGCCCCAUAUUCCUCUCAUUGAUGACACAGAACUAGAAGAAGACUCUGUCCUCAAGCAAAAGCCGAGUCCCCCAUCUUCACUGAACAAGAACAAUAGUGCUAUUGACAGUGGGAUCAACCUUACAACUGACACAAGCAAAUCAGCUACCUCUUCUAGUCCAGGAAGCCCAAUCCAUAGCCUGGAAACAUCACUUUAGCUGAAAAAGUCACUGCAAAAAUAUCAAUAUCAAUAAUAAUAAUAUAUAACAGAGACUAAUAAGUAUAAACAAUGCUGGCUGAGAAGCUGUUUGAAUUCCUGAUCACUUUGAAGAAACAGAUAAAUGAAUGCAUCAUUAGUCACAGUGAUUUUUGGAAGAAUGAAUGGUUGAUUGACAUAUUCCCCCUUUUGUCUCCUGCAGAAACAAACAAAAACAAUACAAACGCUAUCCUGCAUGAAUGUAUUACCCACUUCAACCUGACCUCCUUUUUAAUUCCUUGAACAGGAAAAGGAGAAGACUUAUUUGAAGCUAUUUAUCCAAUUCACCAGUUUGUGAGUUUUUUAAAUGCUUGUGUGGCAUGGACUCAGUUGUAUAGAUUAAUUUAAAUUUUUUUUUUGAAAUUGCAAAGCUUAACUUGCACAAUAGAUUUGCACCAGUUGGCCAGAGGAACCUAAAAUGAACAUUUAUGAAAAUAUAUAUAGAAAUAUAUAAAUAAUAUAUUAUAACUAUAUAUAUAUAUAUAAAAAAUAUA